GAAGGAAAAAAAAAAUGUUUAAUUGGAAGUUUAAUUGAGUGUGUGUGUGUGGUAGGGUUAGUCGAAGAAAAUUCGAACUUCCAAACUCCCUUUUUGAAAUAGCUCUGCCGACCGUUUAGAUUUUCUCUCCUUUUAAUUCAAACAUUUGUUUUCAAUGUGCGAUGAGCAGACAGUGAAGUUUUGUAGUUGUACCCAAUCUGAGAUUUGCAUUUUAUUUUGGGUGUGGCGGACUGACUGUUCUUACGAGAUCUGAUCAACUUGAGCUGUUGGUUUGACUAAUCGUCGUAUCUGUUAGCCGUUAGGGUUUCCCAGGUAUGGAAAGUGAGUGUACAACAACGAGCUCAACCCCUCCUCAGAGGGUUACUGAAGGGAACCCCAAAUCGCGUCAGGGGAGGACGAGUGGCCCUGCUAGACGUUCUACUCGAGGUCAAUGGACUGCAGAGGAGGAUGAGAUUUUGACAAAAGCUGUCCAUAGUUUUAAAGGGAAAAACUGGAAGAAGAUUGCUGAAUUUUUCAAGGAUCGAACUGAUGUCCAGUGCCUCCACAGGUGGCAGAAGGUCCUUAAUCCUGAACUUGUUAAAGGUCCUUGGACCAAGGAGGAAGAUGAAAUGAUAGUUCAGUUAAUCCAAAAAUAUGGGCCCAAGAAGUGGUCCACCAUUGCUCGAUUUUUGCCUGGCCGUAUUGGAAAGCAGUGUAGAGAAAGGUGGCACAAUCACCUCAACCCUGCCAUAAACAAGGAAGCUUGGACUCAAGAAGAAGAGCUGCUUCUCAUUCGUGCUCAUCAAAUCUAUGGUAAUAGAUGGGCAGAGUUGACAAAGUUCUUGCCUGGAAGGUCUGAUAAUGGAAUUAAAAACCAUUGGCACAGCUCAGUCAAGAAGAAACUCGAUUCCUAUAUGUCCUCUGGGCUUCUGGAUCAGUACCAAGCCAUGCCUCUAGCUCCUUACGAUAGAAACUCUUUUAUGCAGAGUACUAUGGAUGGUAGUGGCUGCGUGAGUGGACAGGCAGAGCAAGAAAUAGAACAUGGUAUAAUGAACAUGGGGCAACAUUUUCACCCGUGUGAAAACUCUCAGUAUUAUUAUCCAGAGUUGGAAGAUAUCUCAGUCUCCAUCUCAGAAGCCUCUUAUGACAUGGAGGACUGUUCACAGUUUCCUGAUCAUAACGUCUCGGCUUCUACGAGCCAGGAUUACCAAUUUGACUUUCAGGAUCUGUCGGAUAUUUCACUGGAGAUGAGUCAGAACAUGUCAGGGUUACCAAUGACAUACACCAAGGAGAGGAAGGAAGCCUCUCUAGGGGCUCCGAACUCCAAGUCAAAUAUAGAUGUAGCUGCGUACACCAACACAUCUGAAACGGAAUGUUGCAGAGUUCUUUUCCUUGAUCAAGAGAGCGAAGGGGUCAGUGUUUCUAGAUCUUCAACCCAAGAGCCACACGAGGUUUUGUGUGCAUCAGCUUCAGACAGCCAGGUUUCAGAAGCUACAAAAUCUCCUAUGAAGAGCUCUUCUUCAAUGUCCAUUGCAACACCCGCCUCAGGCAAAGAAACUCUUCGGCCGGCUCCCUUAAUCAUAACACCCGAUAAGUAUUCCAAGAAGUCAUCCGGAUUGAUAUGUCAUUCUUUUGAGACUAAUGAAAAUGGUAGCUUCAUAUGCAUCAAUGAUCCUUCAACCUCUACUUGUGUUGAUGAAGGGCCUAACAACUCCACCGAAGAUUAUCAUUUAAAUGAUUCCAAAAAGCUGGUUCCAGUGAACGAUUUUGCUUCUCUGGCAGAAGCUAAGCCACACUCUCUUCCUAAGCAUGAAACAAACAUGUCAAGCGAGCAGCAUCAUGAGGAUAUGGGAGCAUCAUCAUCAAGUCUAUGUUUUCCAAGCCUGGACCUACCUGCUUUCAACGAUCCGGUCCACGAUUAUAGCCCUCUUGGCAUACGCAAGCUGCUGAUGUCCAGCAUGGCGUGCAUGAGCCCGCUUAGGCUGUGGGAGUCUCCCACUGGGAAAAAGACGUUGGUUGGUGCAAAGUCAAUCCUGAGGAAACGCACGCGUGAUCUGCUGACACCUCUAUCUGAGAAGAGGAGUGAUAAGAAGCUUGAAACUGAUAUAGCAGCUAGUCUGGCAAAAGAUUUUUCACGCCUGGAUGUUAUGUUUGAUGAGAGUGAGAAUCAAGAAUCUAUCUCUGGAAUGCCAGAAGAAACCAUGGAUGUCAGUAAAUCACUUGUACAACCACAGCAAACUUGCUUGGAGGCAAAUGUUCAACAUGCUCAAAGUUUCUCCGGUGUUCUUUCUGAGAGCAAUACCAACAAGCAAGUUCUGUCUCCUCCUGGUCAAUCAGUAACCAAAGCAGAGAAGACACAAGUCUCAACCCCAAGAAAUCACUUGCAGAGAACCCUCAUGGCUACUUCUAACAAAGAACAACAUUCUCCUUCGAGUCUUUGUUUGGUCAUUAAUUCGCCUUCUCGAGCCAGAAACACCGAGAGUCAUCUUGCUAACAACGAGACAAACAAUGAGAAUUUCAGCAUAUUCUGUGGAACUCCAUUCAGGAGAGGUCUUGAAUCUCCCUCAGCCUGGAAAUCUCCGUUUUACGUCAACUCUCUCUUGCCCAGCCCAAGGUUUGACACAGACAUAACUAUCGAGGACAUGGGCUACAUUUUCAGUCCAGGGGAGAGAAGCUACGAGAGCAUAGGAAUGUUUACACAGAGACACGAGCAUACAAGUGCAUUCGCAGCAUUCAAUGCAAUGGAAAUUUCACUUUCCCCAAGUACUGAUGAUGCAAAGAAGAUGAAGGACUUGGAUAAAGAGAAUAAUGAUCCUCUAAUGGCGGAGGGUCGAGUGCUGGACUUCAACGAUUGCGAGUCUCCCACCAUAACAGAAGAAGUCUCAUCCUACCUCUUGAAGGGGAUGUAGGUAAAAAAGGCUAGAACCUCCUCCUCAAUACAUAAUAUUCAAUGCACAUACAUGAACAUGUAUAAACAAUGUAUGGUAUCUUCUAUAAACAGAGCUUGUCCCUGCUUGGAUCUAAUUCUCUUCUUCUUUUUUCUUUCUAGUGAAUCAACUUGAAUGAAUUUACGUACACUCUGUGUUCAAUAUAGUAUAUACACUUGGAAAAGGAACUUAGACAGUGCAUCUGGGAGUAAAUACCAACUUUAUGUUGCACACUCUUCCAUGAAUUGUAUUCUACUUGCAGGCUUAUAUCUCAAUUUGUGUGACUGGUAACAGAAUGGUGCUUGACUUUGAUAAGGCCCCCAGCUAACAAAUAUUUUUGGCCCAUUAAUUUAUUAAAUUAGUAAGAAAAUAUAUAAAAAAAUCUAGGAGUGUCGAACUUGUCACCAAUAAAACACAAUGACCAAUAGCGCGAAACAUUAAUUGUAAAAAUUUAUAUAGAAUUAGACCCCAAUUUACGAAAAAAUAUUUUUUCUUAUUAAAAUUCUUAAAAAAAAUGUGUAUAUCCCCGAAACCUCAUCAGGCUCUUUUUUUUCUUUCCCAAAUUGAAAUUCAUUCAUAUUCAUACACAAGCUGGCGACAAAAAAAAAUAGCCCCAAAACUAAAAGACCAUAAGAAGCGGCAACUAGAACCCACACUGGACGACUAAAACCCACAUUGGGUUGACUUAGAACAAACAUAAAACAUAAAAAACAAAUCAACACUAGCACCAAAAGCACGUUAACAUCCACGCAAGAGCCACAUCAGAACACUUAGCAUUUUUUAAAACAGAGUAAAUAUCAAUGGUCAGGAAAUACCGCAACUGCCUAUAGCCCGCCACCCAGUACCCUCCACUUCUGCACCCAAACCACACUUUAUUGCUGCUCCCAAACGAUAAGACCAAAACUCGGGGACUUCAAAACUCGACAAGGGGAACCGCUGCUCGGUCCACACGCCUUGGAUACAUAAACGCUCUACGAUCAAAGAAAGAAGCUCACCCAACCACCAAGAAGAUGAAGCCUUACCAACCGAACCUCUCCAACACUCAUGGGAGAAGAACCAAAUGACAAGCAACCAAAUGACACAUAACCCCUAGAACAAAUACUGCUAAGUCACAACCAUCAAGACGCUUACACCCAUGGCCCAGAACGUUCAAGACUCACGCACCUAAAGGUACAAGAGCAAUCAAAACACAAAAUACCAUAGCUGGAGAUGCAAAAUACGAGACUGAAACAACCGCCGCAAGGACAAGACCCCCAACCGGAGUGGAACGAGCGAGAUUCAGCUCAACUCCACCACAAAGACCCAACUUUGAAUAAGAAACGAUGACAAGAAAACUGGACAAAUCCGCCAUGAACCUCGCGCAUCGCCGAAACAUGGAGAGCACCGCAAAAGUUUGAAGGAGAAAACCAGAUCUGUCGGUGACACUACCCAAAAGCUGACUCCCUUGCUCUACCAAGCUCACACCAACUCGUCGGAACACCAGAAAGCUCAACCCACCGGCGAAGCUAGUUCUCCACGGAGCAGAACCCGACACUUACCGGCGGUGAAACACCCAGAAUCCCAGAACAUAUCGAAGAUGGAUCUUGUUAGAACCAGGAAGCAAUGAUAAAACUAGAUCUAAGAGAAAAGGUAGCUUCCGACGUUGGAGAGACCAACGCCGGAGCAAAACACGAAGAACACCUUCUGAAACUUUUGAGAGAAAAGGAUAAAAACUCUUCUUUUGUUUCUAUAUUAUGUUUCUCUCUUUCUCAUAGGCUUUUUAGACAUGCAUACUUUUGAAAAUAAUUCAUCCCUAAAAAAAUAAUAUAUAUAUAUAUAUAUAUAUAUAUAUGUGUGUGUUUUCAAAGUUAAAAGCACAUACUUAAUAUAUGCUUCUUGUCUGGGACUUCCUGACAGGUAAUCUGAAAAAAGUAAGAACAAGAGUGACUACUGUAACUGUCAUGUAGGCUGUUGAUGGGGUUUAAAACUAUUUAACGUGCUAACUAUUAAUCAAAAAUAAUCUUUGUAUUAAUCAAAAAUUAAUCUUUAUCAUAAUUGUAAUAACAUAAUUAUCCAGCGUUAAAAAAAUUAAAAACUAAUCUUUCUAUUAAACAAAAAUAUUAAUCUUUUUUUUUUCUGAUUUAUCCCAGAUUUAUUACUUCUUUUGAUGUUGUAAUGAAUCGAGAAUUUUUUUUUUCUAAUUACUGCGUUAUCUAGUUGGAAUUUCCAUCAAUUCUACGUUUAUUAACAUAUUUGUCUGUUUUGACUUGUUUUUCUAAUGAUUUUACAUAUUUUAACAUAUUUGCAAUUAUUUCAUAUGACUUUUAAAUUUUAAGACUAAAAAUAGUCAAAAUAUAUAUUUGACUUAAUGUUACUGUUUAAGUAGUACUUAAAUUCUUAUGUAUUGAUUUUUUGAAGUCAAUCAUAGUUAUUUAUUUAGAUAAAAUGUCAAUCAUAACAUAUAUACGACCGUUCCUACAUUACGAAGGGUAUCUUUGCGUUUGUGUAUGAGAAGCCACAAAAUUAUUAAUACUGAAACAAUGUGUGUUUGGGUUACACUCACCUUAAAUUACAUUAUAUGACUCUCUAAUUAAGUCCAUCAAAUUCAAAACAAUUCUAUAAAAACAUUUCGCUCAAAAAUCUAAUCAGAUAUGUCGUAGGAUUAUAUUGGAGAGAAGAUUCCACAUCGAAAUAUGAAAUGAACUUAAGUAAUAUAUAAGGGAUUUGAGCCAAUCCACUAAUUGCCAAUUGAUUUUAAGUUGGAAACCCAUAAAACUCAUCAUGGUAUCAGAGCGGGCCCAAUACCCUGACCCAUUAAUCUGGCCCGGACAGUGGUCCGAUCAUCCCAUUAGCUGAUGGCCCAUAGAAGGUUCAAUUCCGCCAAAAUUGCUAGAAAAUAAAACAUAAUUUCGGAGGAGGUACGAUGAAUUUUGCGAGAUUAAUGAUUAUACGCACCAUUAUCUUGAAGGAGGAUAUUGGAGAGAAGAUCCCACAUCGGAAAUUUGAAAAUCACUUGAGUAAUAUAUAAGAGAUUUGUGUCAAUUCAAUAAUUGCCAAUUGGUUUUAAGUUGUAAUACUAGAAAACUUAUGUGAGACAAAUUUGUUUUCCUGUAGUUUAAUUUACCAAUGAUAGUAGGUGUUCGACUUAAUAUUGUCUCCUCAUUUUUUUCCCUGAAAUGUUACUAAGAAAGAGUAGAAAGACCAAAACAGAAGUUUGGAUAGUUUUCUGAUUCGCCUGUUUUGCUUUGUAUUUUUUGUUCGAAGUCCGAACUUAGUCAUUUAUUUUAGGUCAAUGCGCCUUGCAUUUUAAAUUGUAUCGACCAAUAUAAUUCGAACUCAAGUAUGUAUCGAUGCUGUGCAUAACGUUACAAGGGUAAUUUAAUUCAUAACAUGUUACUGUUUAGUGAUUAUAUAUAUAUCACAUAUAAUUUAAACGACAAAACAAUUUUUUUAUAAAAAACAAUUGUCUUGCAAAUAAAGUUUACAUUCAGUCAUAUAUUGUAGUCUCUACGACAAUUUUUAAUCAUAAUUUCUAUUAUCCGGCUAAGUUGUUGUAGUUAGUUGUUUUUUCGUUUGUUCCUUAGGCCGGUUAUUCAAAACCUAAAGAUUCCUUCUUUCUAGUCACCCCAGACUGAGCAAACAGGUCGAUUCCAGGUCGGAUAUUAACUCUCUCGUCCCAAUUCAUGGUUGGGUUUGUUGUUAUCAUUUUACAUGCAUGGAGAACGAUUUUGGAUAAUUACGAGUUAUGAAUAAAAAUCAAACACUAGUUUGUAAAUAUAUAAGAUAUAUCUAACUCUAUUAAAAGGAGAAUAAGAAGUCUUCUUAGCUAUGCCACGUCAGAUCAAAAAAUUAACCAAUCAAAUUCGUCUCUACUGCCAUGUCAUCUGCGGCCGAGUCAACAAAGAAACCCUAUGACUCACUCAUCGACUUCAUCUUCUCUGUUUCCUCUUCAUCAAAACUCCGUUACAGAGCCUCAUCUACUCUCAAUCAAUGGUGUUCUUCAAUACAAUUUUAAUGGAUUCUUUAAGCAAAAAGUAGAACGAAAAACAAAAUAGAUAAAUUAUGUUUGUCAGGGAAAAAAUCCUAUAAAUAAGAGAAAUACUCCCACCGCUAUAUCUGUCACCAUUGUUGUGAAUCUUUUUUUUCUCCCCUUCUAAAAAACAGGUUUGAUUCUCUUUGCAGGAAAGAGACACACGAUAAACCGAUUUAUAAGCAAUUUUCUAUUUUUCAAUCCUUUUUUCAAAAAAAUCACCUUUUUUGUUGUCUUUCCAUUAGAUUAUGAUUCUCUCUACUGUAAUCAUUUUUAACCGUUUUCCUCUGCAUGCUUUUCGCUUUCUGUGUCUCUUUUACCUAAAAACGCCCUUUGAAUAAAAAUGGCGGUUUUGGAUUCUGGAGGCGUCGCUGUGCCGCCGACGGAUAAUGGCGUUGCGGAUCUCGAUAUGCUUCCUCGUCGUAAAUCGAGAUCAGAUUCUUCCAACGGACUUCUUUCUGAUUCCGUUUCCAUCACCGACGAUGUUGGAGCUACGGCGGCCGAAGAUGCGAUGGAUCCGGUUGCUUCCGCUGUUGAGGAGGAGGCUCAGGGAACAACGAAAUUAGCUGGCGGAGAUACCGAAACUAGGGAAUCCGGCGGAGGCGGCGAUGUAAAGUCCUCUUAGCUCUGACGCUAUCUUCACACAAGUAAUCGGGCUCAGAUUCCUUCAUUAUAUCAGGGAAUGCUUAUAGCUUGAGACCGUAUAACUUCUUGGUUCAAUACAUAUGGUACACAGAGGGUAUGAUGCUUUGAAAGUAAGUUUGUAACUAAUUGGAUUAUCAUGAGAGCAUCUAAUAUCCAAGGAGGGAGGAGGAUCGUAUGUUGGAGCAACGCUGCGUAAGAUCAUAACUUCAGCUCAGGAAACAAAGGUGCUGCAUCCUCUGAGAAAGUUAAUAUCACUGUCUUCCGGGUAUAUGUAUGUAUAUCCUUUGCUUGACUACAUAGUCUUUCUGAAAAUCAUUGUUUAGGAUGUCUCUUUGGCUGCCGUAAACUCUAACAUGUUAGAUUUUCUCUCUAUUUCUUUGCUUGCAAAACCCAAUAAAAAAGCUUGGAAAGUACAACAUUCGUUUGGUUUAAUUGGUUAAAGAUGGACACCAUUGAUAGUUGCUGGCUCAUGGCACCGGAACUGGCUCGAGGAAAUCUUGAACCCAACCACGGUUCAGUCACAAGGCCAUCCAUUAAAAAUCCCUUAUCAUUUCAUCUGUCUUCCUAUAAUGAGCAUUAUGAAGAUUGCUUUGUUAAGAAACAUUUUACCUACUAGGCUACUAUGAUCAAAGAAACUCUAAGAUAUGACAUUUUUUGUUCAUUUGUGGAUUUCAGAGUAUGGGGCUGGCGAGGAAAUGAUUGUCUAACUCCAUGCCGUGACCCUUUCUCUGUCUAUUUGGAAAAAAAUGCACCGUAGCUUCUGGAUGUGGUCACAAGCUCUGACCUAAGCACCAUAAGCAUAACAUCGUCAAAGACAUCACAAGCCACACUAGGGUCAUACCCUUGCCCUCUCUUUUUCUCGCUACGACAUUGUGUCUUUCACCAAACUUCCAAUACAACAACAAGACCAGCAACAUCUCAAGAACAAGUAUGCAGAAUGCAGCAAAGGCUCUAUACCACAAGUGGUUACUAAAAAUAAAUAGAAUAAGCAGUCAACUGAAACUCCUUCAGAAGCUUCUUUUUCUUCUACUCUCUAUGAAGUAGAGGAGGAUAUACCUGUUAAGAGUGGGCUAUAUGAGGUACCAUCGUUCUCUGCAGUGUUUUAGAGUUUUCAUGUAAACUUAAACAUGAACCUUUAGAAUCUUUAUAUCCAGUCUAUGUUUCUGGACCAAGGAACCGGAAUACUGUUGGUGAACUUGCUGAGGAGGCAUUGUUUCCAUGUACUGGAAUGAAAAUAAUAAGUCUGUCCCUAGAGGUUGCAUAUUGUAACAAGGUUAGAUGUACUUCACUAGAGUUUGUAUCUACUUAUGAUCCAGAUUUUAGUAGAACUAUAAGAUUUUUUUUUUUACUUUA